AUGGCUGGUCAUGGGAUUUGGUUUUUACCGUGUUGUCUCACAUCUUUAUGGAUCUACAUUAUAUCUUUCAUCUUCAUAAUUUACGUUUUAUCAUCAACAUUUCGUUUUUAUCUGAAGUUCUUGUGUCUAUUGGUUUAUUACUUUAUCAUGAUCUUGGUAACUUUUGCAAUAUUAAUGUGGACUCCCGGAUCAAAGAACAACCUUCACAAAAUGAGCAAGAUUUUAAAAUGCACUGAAUGGCUUUGGGGUAUUCAAUAUACUGUGAAAGGACUGGAGAAUUAUAAAAAAGAUUCAAAUUAUGUAAUUGUUUCAAAUCAUCAGUCAUCAUUUGACAUGCACGUGCUUGCUAAUUUUAUGCCUCCCAAAACAACUGUUUUGUCCAAAAAGGAAGUGCUGUAUAUACCAAUGUUUGGGAUAUUGUUUUGGCUUGCUGGAGUACUUUUUAUCGAUCGAGAAAAUCGUGGCAAGGCAAUCAACAUGAUGAAGAAAGUUGCUGAUAAAAUUAAACAAGAAAAGGUAACAAUUCCUUGAUGUAUCAAUUAUGGGGUGUGGGAGGGAUGACGUCAUAGGAUGUAGUCAGUUAGGGGGUGUUGAUGUUUACUCUGUCUAAUGCCAGAUUAUUUCACUCAUCAAGGGAAAAUACUGGUGCUCAAUGGGUUGAAUGCCAAAUAGUUGUGCUGAAGAAUACCUUUGUUAGGCCAUGGGAAUGAAAGUCAAUAAGUCAUAGAUUUGCAUCCGGGUGAUUUUGAAAAAGCAUGCGGCUUUUUUUCAUUAUUCAUUUUUUUACCAUUGUUUUGGGUGGUAAAUACAGAGAUAAAAACACGAAUUACCGUUCACGUUGUGGAAUUACAUAUAUCACAAGCUCACAUUGUCGCAGCACUGAAUAUCUGUGCCAAUUUUGCGAUUUCGGUAAAUAUAAUUUGGAAUUUCAUAUGAUAAUGAAUACUGAGGACAAACAUACUGCAAUAUGUUCAUUUCAUUGCAAUCAAUACACAAUUUUAUUGCUAAUUUUAUUGAGUUUUGCUUUAUUUGUGAAAAUAAUGAAUUUAUGUAAGCCCUAAUCCAGUGCAUAACCAUAACAAUGCAUGUCAUAACUAACAAGGGAAAAACAAAGGAUUCAAAUGCAUUUUAUUCAUUUCAGUUCAAUGUAUGGAUAUUUCCUGAAGGCACAAGACAUACAGGAAGCAAGUUACUUCCAUUUAAGAAAGGCGCAUUUCAUUUAGCCCAACAAACGCAGGUAAGUGGUCAAUCAGUUGAUAGUCAGUCAGAAUUAAGAAUGAUAAUUGAAUUAGUUUUUCUUUAUUUAGAUGCCUGUUCUGCCUGUAGUAGUUUCAAAUUAUGAAAAUGUUGUUAAUUUGGGUAAAAGAUGGUUUACAACAGGUAAAUAAGAUAUGUUAUAUAGUUAAUAGGGUGAGGUUUCUUAUGGACACUUCUCUAAUAUGGCUACCUCUCCAAUACAGACAUCUCUCUAAUACGGACACCUCUCUAAUACAGACAUCUCUCUAAUACGGACACCUCUCUAAUACGGACACCUCUCUAAUAUAGACAUCUCUCUAAUAUGGACACCUUUCUAAUACAGACAUCUCUUUAAUAUGGACACCUCUCUAAUACAGACAUCUCUCUAAUAUGGACACUUCUCUAAUGCGGACACCUCUCUAAUACAGACAUCUCUCUAAUACAGACAUCUCUCUAAUAUGGACACCUCUCUAAUACAGACAUCUCUUUAAUAUGGACACCUCUCUAAUACAGACACCUCUCUAAUAUGGACACUUCUCUAAUGUGGACACCUCUCUAAUACAGACACCUCUCUAAUAUGGGCAUCUCUCUAAUACAGACAUCGGCCUAAUAUGGACACCUCUCUAAUACAGACAUCUCUCUAAUAUGAACACCUCUCUAAUACAGACACCUCUCUAAUAUGGACAACUCUCUAAUACAGACACUUCUCUAAUACAGACAUCUCUCUAAUACAGACAUCUCUAUAAUACAGAUACCUCUCUAAUAUGGACACCUCUCUAAUAUGGACACUUCUCUAAUACAGAUACCUCUCGAGUACAGACACCUCUCUAAUAUGGACACCUCUCUAAUACAGACACCUCUCUAAUAUGGACACCUCUCUAACACAGACACCUCUCUAAUAUGGACACCUCUCUAAUACAGACACUUCUCUAAUACAGAAAUCUCUCUAAUACAGACACCUCUCUAAUAUAGACAUCUCUCUAAUAUGGACAUCUCUUUAAUAUGGACACCUCUCUAAUACAGACACUUCUCUAAUACAGACACCUCUCUAAUACAGACAACUCUCUAAUACAGAUACCUCUCUAAUACAGACACCUCUCCAAUACAGUACAGACACUUCUAAUACAGACACCCUCUAAUACAGACACCCUCUAUUACAGUUUCCAAAAACCUGACAAAGAUAAUUUUCCUGUGGAGAGAACCCUAUAAAAUGGGCACCUAUCUAACUCCAGUGUCUGUUUCAUACUAGAGGUCCAACUAUACUUGUGUAAUAAAUAUGAUUUAUGAUCUAUCAACGACAAGCAUUGCUUUUAUUCUCUUGACAUUAUUUUCAUGUCUGGUUUUCUAGGCUCAAUAGAUAUUACCAUUUUACCUGAAGUCUCAACUGAGGGUCUCGAAAGUAGCGACGUAGAGCAAUUAACAGAGAAAGUUUAUUCAAUAAUGUGUAAUGAAUAUGAAAAAUGUAUACCUAGUCAACAGUAG